UGGCUAUAUCCCGUAAUCAUGUACCGCGUUAUUGUUUUGCUGUGUGCUAUUCAUGUCUCCCAUGGCUUCCUUUGUCUCCGGCUGCGGGCGCAAGUGGCCGAACUACAGCAGCACAUCGCUGCUUUGAAUACACGCAUAUCUAACGAUAGAGCGGCAACAACACAGCAAAUAAACCGGCUGCAGCAAGAAUCUAAUGAACGCAUACGUUCAACAGAAACACAAUUAAAUCAAUGCAUUGAAAAAAAAAUUCAAUGGACUGCGACCCAUCAGCAACUACAGAUAGCCCAACAAGCAAAGUUGGCUGCACAAGAUAACGCCACACAAGCAGCAAAUCAAUGUCAGCAACAGCUUAGCGCGCUGCAGCAGCAAAUAACGGCAAUGAAAGAACAUAAUCAAGAGCUUAAGAAGCAGAUAGAGCGUGACCAGCAGAAAUUUAAACUUGAACAAGAGAGCGUAGCUCAGUGCCAGCAGCAACUGCAACAACAGAUCGCAUGGCAACAACAACAAGAGCAACAGCUGCAGCAAAAGUGUGCAUUGGAACAAGAAAUAAUUAAACUACAAGAACGAGCUCAGUAUCAGCAACAACUAAAUCAGCAGCUAGAUUUACAAAAGAAGCAAGAAAACACGAUGAAAGAGCAAGAACAACAAUUGCAAAAGCUUCGAAAUAGUCUGCUUGAGCUGGAAAAGUUGUCAUCGCCCAGCAAGAUGUCUCCAAGUGAAGCUUUCGAUCGACUUGGUUCAUUUUUAAGCCAACUGGCCCCUUUACAAUGUAACAUCGAAGCCUCCGAAAUUGUGAGUCCAGAUUCCUAUAAACUUACUUACGAUCUACCAAUAAAUCUCGAAGGUGACGAUAUCGAAGUAAAAAUAAAAAACAGAGUGAUUUACGUAAGAGGCAGCAAAGGAGGGACAGUUGUGUUUGAACACGUUGAAUUAUUACCGGCUGCUUUAGAUGCGAAAUCAGCCGAUUGGCAGCUGCAGGGAGAUAAGAUCGAGAUAUUCAUUCCAUUUAACAAGACUCAAACUGGCACCAAGCGUGAUCCAUGUAAGGCAGAUAAUUCUACGAUCACAGUACAAGAGAGCAGUCCUAUGUUUACUUUCAGAAAUAAAAUUAGUGUAUGAGUGUAGUCUCUAUAUGCCAUAUAUUCAAUACUCGUGUCACAUUGUUAGCGUACUCCUCGGAAACUGGUGGACCGAUUCUCUUGAAAUAUCGUGUGCAUAUCGUGUAGGUUCGAUAAUCGGCCAACAUCUAUUUUAUAUACCCCUAAAUAAUGAAGAACGCAGGACAGCGUUUGCCGGGUCGGCUAGUAAUUUUAUAUAAUUUCGUGAAUGAAUGCCGUGUACACCUCUAAUUGAUAAGCACAUAACAAUAAUUCAUGUAUAAUGUUUUUUAUAUUAACGUCAAAUGGAGACCGUGAUCACUGUUAUAAAUAAAUAAAU